GCCGAAGAGUAGCCUCGGUCCGGAUGGGGGACCUCAUUCCCAAAGAAACAAACCGGAGCGUGGCAGGAAGCAAAAUGGACUGGAAGAUCGUGGGAACAGGGUCCAUUGAUGUUAUGAUAAAGGGGAAGAUGUGUCCUGGGAUUGUUGAUACCGAGGCUAAAAUGAACAUUAUAAACGGAGAAACUGCGGUAAGACUAGGGUUGGCGGUGGAUGAAAAUGACUGCGGGUUUCUCAAUGGAGCCAGCGGCAAGACCGGAUACACGGGGGUUGCAUCGAAUGUGGUGAUAGUGAUAGGAAGAGUUAAGGUACGUACGUGUUUCUAUGUCAUGCCCAACUUGAAUCUCCCAAUAUUAUUGGGCAGAUCAUUCCUGUGCCGGUCCGAGUCGCUCAUAAUGAACAAGCAUGAUGACACAAUGUUCGUUAUCUUGUGCGAUCCCGCCUAUGGAAAUUUCGAGGUUAUCACCUGUAGGAACACAGGCCCGCACAACUCGAAGAACAGACUCAAUGCCGGAUCCUACACAUUCGAGGAGUCGGAGAAUAGGAGGAGAGAGCUGGAAUGGGAGGAAGGAGAAGAGGAGUCAGAUGAUGAAGAAGCCAAAGGGCUUGUAUUAAGUCUAACAAAUAUCAGUGACGCAGUGAAAUUGGUAUCAGCCUAUAGGAUGAAUGACUCCGAUGCUGUUAGAGCACUCGCAGAAAGGAUCCAAGACGAUCUAGAAGGGGGAAGGGUCGAUCUCGUUUACCGACCACCUCCUUCUUCUCAGGUAAUAGUGUCACAUGCGCCGAAUGCUCAAGCUGCAGUCUAUCCGGCAGACCGUCCCAUCAUGGCGAUGCACACGCCAAGGGGGUUAGUUCAUAUGAAUGUUGCGCCGCAAGGAUGGACCAAUGCUGUGGCCAUGGUGCAAAGAAGCAUGAUCAGGGUAAUGCAGCCCAACAGCCCUCGGAUCACCGAGUCGUACAUAGAUGAUCUUGCAGUUAAGCGCCCGAUUGAGAAGGACGAGUUAGAAGUGGCUCCUGGGGUAAGAAGGACGACUGGGUAUGCACCUGUGACACUCUGGUAUGGGCGUCACGCCACAUUUCCAAUUGAAAGUUUCCUGAAAACUUGGCGCAGGCAGGACCUGGAAAACAAUUUGACCUUGGAGGAACUGCUAGAUCUGAGGGCAAGGCAGAUCAACGUCACUGAAGAAAGGGUGCAGGAAGUGGCCAUGAACGUUGCAGACAGCGAAGGAAAGGAUAAGGAAAGGCGUGACCCUUGGAAAGAAGAGGCCAUGGCGCAGAGAAGAGCAGUGGCAGGGCCCUCUGGACCUACCUUGAGAAAGGGGGGGCAGAGGAGGGAUCAGAAUGUCUCAAGGAACCUGGAGGAGCUGCCCAUUUACAGGGUUGGAGACAGCCUGCGAGUAUACCUGCGAAACCUUGAGGAGUAUGCAUUCAGGAGAGAACGGGGUGACAGGGAAAAACUCGCGAAUGUGACUGGAGAUGAUGAUCUGCCAGUGAACUCCACAUGGGAUGUGAGAUUUGAGAGGAUGCUCCUCUCAGAGCUGGUGGUAAGUUCAAAGCACUCAGAAAACUUGCAGAAGAUGAUGGAGUUGCACGAGAUGCUGGAUGAAAAAUGCACCAGACUCUUCGAAGAUUAUGCUGAGAUUGCCAGGAAGAUGGGAAAGAUGGAAGGAGAAGGUGGAGUGAAAGAGGUUGGGGAAGACCUGGACACAAUAGGAAAGGGACUCCAGGUAAAACUCAAAGGCAACACUGAACUCUUCACUCAAGGGUUCUUGGAUUACAUCCUUGGGCUCUUGAAGGAGAUGAGCAGGUUAAGAAAGAAGGAAAAAGAGAGAGAUACACAAAUGGCAAAGCUGGUAGGAAUGAGGAAGGAAAUGAAGGAGUUAAAGAAGGGGAAGGAGGAAUUGCAGAAACAAGUGAGUCAAUUGAGGGCCGCACUGACUAUGAAAGGCAGAGAAUUGGAGGAUGAAGCGGCUGCAAGAGGAAGGGUGGAAAAGAAGGUGGAAGGUCUGUGCUCUGAGGUCGGUGUGCAAGGACUGGACCUGGACACUGAAAUCUCAGAAAGAAAGAAGUUGGGACAGGAGUGGGAGAAAAGAUGGGGUGAGAUAUUGAAAGGAACGGAGGGACUCAAAUUGAGCCAUCAGGGGAACGAAAAGGAAACCACAAAGAUGGUGGAGAGAAAGGAGGGUGAAGAAAAGGAUCAGGCUGAGACUUCAACCCAGCCAGACAUAAACAAGGUCAAGCCUAGUAUGGCUGGAAAGAGGUAUUUCUUCUGCACUCAGGAAGGGCAUCUUAGGGAUGAUUGUUCCAUUCUGGCAGUAUAUAUCAAGGAAGGAAAGACCAAAUAUGAUAAUCAUAAGAGAUUGGUGGUCUGCACGGGGCAGAUCAUUCCCAGGAUACCCGAGGGAGGCAGGGUAGCACUCCACAGGAUACUGGGACUGCCAAUUGAUUUCUAGAUAGGGGUAGGUAAAUGUUUCUGUGUAAAUCAUGACUUGUAUUGGCUUGUAAAACAGUUAUGAGAGGGAGAAAGAUGUAAUUUAGAGCGUGUGGUAUGUGUUUUCUUCUCAAGUUAGACAUAGUAAAAGUGUGAGACAUGU